AAAUAUUUGCCAGUGCAUGAGCUGUAAUAAAAAGAAGCUCCAAGUGCUCAAGUUCCGGGGCUACUACACUAUUUCAUUCCGCCUUUCCGCCGGUCGUGUCGCGCGUGUUCCGUUCCCUGCAUAUACUAUACUAUAUACUAUAUAUCCACUCGAUUCGCAGCUAACCAAUCUCUUCAAACCGCGGCGUUUCUCUUUGGCACUCGUCAAUUUUGAGCCAAGAAUAGCCAUUUGGACUACGUCAUCGUACUGAUUGCGUCAGCAGUUGUCGCUCUUUGGCAUUAUUUUCCGCGUUUUUUUCACUCAAUCACUCAGUUUUGUUUUGUUCUCUGGAUUUCGCCGACAUUCGACAUGAGCAGCGAUUCCGAUAUAUUGGAUGUAGUGGCAGGCAGUGAGGGUCCACCCUUGCAAGCCUUUCGCAGCAGCAAUCCCUUCGAGGACUCGUAUCAAAUGUCCUCCUGCCAGCAAGAUUUCGAACGCGAUCGUGAUGCGAACUUGACUCCAUUGCAUAUGCUGCGUCGAGCCAGCGAAACGGUGACCGCCAGCAUCCUGGAGCCGGAAAAGGAGCACCUCCUUGGCGACAAGCCACAGGUGCCCCCUCGUGCCCAUGGAAGCACCGCGCCAAGCGCCAUCGAAGCAAAACGCAGCAGACAGCAGCCAAAUCAGUGGCAGCUGCAGCAGCAACAGCAGCCGUCAAGCAACAACAACAACACCAAAAGGGCACUGGCGCCAGGUGACAACAUGACACAAGGUGCAGCGCCGCAGGACUCACAGGGCGACAUCCUGCCCACCCGCCCGCUGCAUACCAAAUUAGACAUACAGAAAAUCCCAGAGGAUGAGGCUGGCGCUGACGCCACACAAAACGCUGCAACAAUAAUUUUAACGCCGACAUCAUUAAAUUUAACAAAUACAACAACACAAAAUGUUGCCGCCAACAAUGCGGGCAACUCCAGCACCACCACCAGCACCAACACCAACUACGGCCCAGGAUCCGUCUCCGGCUACCCAACUCCGAACGCAACUCCGGGCGACGAGUACAAAGGACCCAAAUGGUGGCUAUAUAUCCGUUCGCAUUGGGUGAACACUUCCGAGCUGGUGGCCCUACUGGCCAUUUUCCUGGGCCUUUGGGCCAUGGGCUGGGUUCUGCUGCCGGAGUACUCCCAACCACCGACCGUCAUCAUGCGCAUUGCAUUCCUCUUUGUGGGCGCCCAGAUCUCCGGCAUCCUGGUCACCUUUGUCCAUCUGCCCGACAUGCUGGGCAUGCUUUUCUUUGGCGUACUUUAUGCCAACCUGGGCCUGGCCAAUUUCGAGGGCUAUCAGAAGUUUGAGCUGUUCCUCAGGGAAAUGGCCCUGAUCAACAUCAUGUUGCUGGCUGGCCUCGGGCUGGAUGGAGAUGCCUUCAAGCGGCUGUGGUUCAUGAUACUCCGGUUAACCCUGCUGCCCACAAUUGUGGAGGUGGCAGCCAUCGCCGGACUGGCCAAUCUUACACUCUCCAUGCCCUGGCUGUGGGGCAUUGCUUUGGGCCUUGUCAUCACCGCCGUUUCACCGAAUGUGGUCGUCACCGUGAUGCUGAAGUUGAAGGAGGAUCGACUCGGCCUGAACAGCGGCAUUCAUACGCUCAUCUAUGCCAUGACCACAUGCAACGAUGUGGUAGCCAUCUUCAUGUUUGGCGUGAUAAUCAGCGUAAUAUUCUCAACGACUUCGCUUACCCAGCAAGUGCUGCAGGGUCCCAUUGGCAUCGGGAUUGGACUCGUUUUUGGCUAUCUCUACGGCUCGAUGCUCCAGUACUUGCCAUCCCGGAACGCGACGUACGCAAAUGGCCUCCGCUUCGUACUCACCAUCUUGGGCGGAACCAUCGCCGUGAUGGGCAGCCGCGUCAUCGGUUAUACGUCGGCCGGAGCCCUGGGUUGUGUAACGACCGCCUUUAUUGCGAGGAUUGGCUGGCGACGGGAGGAGACCAGACUGACGCCCCAGCAGCUGCAGGCCCAGCAAAUUGCGAGUGUGCCCAAGCGACUGGACCUCAUGUGGAAGUUCCUCAAGCCCGUCUCGUUUGCGCUCAUUGGCAAGGAAAUUAAUUUCAACGUGCUGCAGGGCCAUGUAAUCGGUUAUGGCGCAUUGUUGGUGCUCGUCGGAAGUUUGUUUCGCCUGGCUUUUGCAUAUUUAUCCACAUAUGGCGGAAAUCUGUCGAGAAAGGAACGUGCCUACAUUACAAUUUCCGGUUUUCCCAAAGCAACUGUCCAAGCCGCCUUGGGUCCAGUGGCUUUGGACAUGGCACGUGCUGCCAGCGUGGCCAGUCCGGAACAGCUUGCGCUGGCCGGGAAUUUGCUCAUCAUCUCGGUGCUGGCGAUUAUAUUCACCGCCCCGCUGGGCGCCAUUCUCAUGCUGCGGUUGGCGCCAUAUUGGCUCAAACAUGGAGAUGCAGUGGAGGCGGUUGACUCUCCAACCACGCCCAUCGCCCCCACGCUGGGCAGCACCAAUUCCUCGAAGGGGACAUAGCUUCAGGUUGAUCUGGAGCCGAAACUUUUAAUCCAUGCCGUACUUAUGUAGCCAUUUCAUUCGUACUUAUACUUACGUGUACUUAGGUAUUACGCUGUUCAAAUAAAAGUAAAUGCGAAAAGUUAGCAACAU